AUGACUGCUCAGGUUUCUACUGGUGCAUUAGUCGUGCUAGUACUGUACGCCACAGAAUUGUUCUCGGUCCUCAACAGGUUCAGAACGAAGAAGAUACCCGCUCAUUCUGUGCAGCCGCUAUCUGGCCGUGGCCGGAUGAUAUUCUCUGCCCUGCUGGAAAGUACCAGUGCCGACCACUGCCGGCGAAGGGGCGGCCCUGCAGUGCACCGUGGGUGGUGAUCCAUCCACAUCGGACAGAUCUCGUGAUGAGGAGACAGUCGUGGAGGACAUGGCAGGAGUGCAGUGAUAACACCUCUGCAGCAGACGUCUUGGAGGACGUGGGCCCCGCCGCAGUGUUGCCGUCGCUGCCAUGGACUCCGGCGAAGCCCCUGCGGUGAGGCAAGGUCCAACGAAGAUCGCUGCUGCUACACAGAUCGGGUUAACAUCCAUGGGAGAUUCGUCUCUCCUCACCCAUCUCUCCUGGGAGGGCGUACAAACCUUUCUUUCCCCGGCAUACAAGAUCAGUGA